AUGUCUCGUAGAGGAUACGAAAUGGAGGAUGAAGAAGAGUACAUGAAGCCAAUGCUUCCAACGGUACCCGAUAAAUGUGGUCCACCAGUCAUCAAUUUAGGACUGUUGAUUGAGUUUGCUGUACAACAGAUACUUCACGAGUUAACAGUCCUCUCUGAACUACUUCCAAAGAAACUGGAUGCUGAUCGAAAGAUAAGCAUUGUUCAGUUUGCGCAUUCAACUCGUACAUUGUUCAUCAAAUUAUUAGCUGUUGUUAAAUGGGUGAAAUCGUCGAAAAAAUUCGAAUCUUGUGCGUCUAUAUGUUACUUUCUUGAUCAACAAGCGCAGUAUUUCAUUGAAACGGCCGAUCGAUUAGCUCAAUUGUCUCGAGAAGAGCUUGUUCAUGCCAGGUUACCGGCAUUUCAAGUACCGUCUGCAAUCGAUGUUCUUACAUUGGGUGCAUAUCCAAGAUUACCUCUUUGUAUUAAGUCUCGUUUUAUUCGUGAUCCGUCGAUAAGUCAACGUGAACAAGCAUGUGUUUUAUUACGAUUGAAUCAAGUAAUUCAGUCGAGAUUAUCACUGGUCGCCUCAAAACUAUCACCAAAAAUCAAAAGUAUCGUCAUCAAAAAUGGAAUGGUGAAUAUGACGGUACCGGGUGAAUUUGAAGUAUCAUUAACAUUACUUGGUGAACGAGCCAUAACAAAGUGGACUUUAUUGAAUAUUCGAAUAUUAGUUGAAGAUUAUGAGAUUGGUUUUGGCACUAAAUUGGUGCAUCCUUUGCAAGUGAAUACCAUUCAUAAUGUUUUGCAACUGAGGAUGGAUAAAAGUGAAGAGCCGUUGCAUGAAGUGUAUUCGAUGUUGCAUUCAUUUGCGCAGUCUUUGCAACUGGACGUGCUUUGGUGUCAAGCCACCAGAGUGAUCAGUGCCCAGAUGCGACAGUAUGCCCUCAUUGAACGCUAUGAUCCCAAACAACGUGUUCUGAUCAUAUCCUAUUGGUUAACUAGAACGCAACAUAACAGAUACACGUCACAAUAUCGUUUCAAAAUUUUCUCCGACCCGCUAAUGGAACACAGUGGAUUGCAAGUAAGACACUAUCCUGUGGGUAAAGGUUUACCUCAAAUCGAUGAUCGUACUGGACGAUUAUCGAUAAGUCGAUUAUUAUCGGAAACAGUUUCAAUUCGAUGUCGUGAACGAUUGUUGCGUUUACGUGAACGAUUGGAGUGUAUUAAGCCGAAGACGAAGGUUUAUCUGACGGGUAAAGCAGCACCGACGUUAACGUAUCCGUUGCUCGGAUCAUACUCACAUCCGGAUGAGAUGCUCAUUCUUUCAAUCAACGCUUUCUCUGGGCAUAUUCUCACAUUGUUGCGAUCACUUGGUUCGCGAUCGGAACUUCGUGAACUCGAGCAGUUGUUAGCCGAUUGUGCUCCUUUGCCAACAAUUUCAAAAUUAAUCUCACGGCUGAGGUAA